GAACAGAGAGGUAAUUGUAUAUAUAAGAGAAGGGUGAGGUAAGCGAGCUGAGCGGGACGAGGCGGUAGAGCCGAGCAGAUGGGUAUGGGACAGUCGAAGGGAGUGAGUCAAGUGUGUGGAAGGCAGUGAAAUGUGGAUUUGAGCAAGAGGUGGUUUUAAAGUGGACUCGGAAAGGAAAGAGAGGAGUCAAUGAGGGGAGGGUUGUUGUUGUGAGCGUAUCCUCCAGCCAGGAAAAGGGAAGGGCCUCCAUCUCAAAAAGCAGCUGCCCGGCCCGGGGAAACACCAUCGGGGAGACGGUGUGGGGACAAGAGAGGGGAGACCCGGGAGCCGUCCACCUCCAUGGGUUGCGUCCUGAGCUCGGAUUGGUGCGGGGAGGACGUGGUGCAAGCGGUCCCCGUGGUCAGGACGGCUUCUGUGAAGAGCAGGAGCCUGGAGAGGAGUGACAGCGGGAGGAUAAGAUUGAUGAAGUCAGCGAAGGGGGAGCCUCACGCCUUCAAGGAGAAGACCUUCAAGAAGAGGCGUCAGUGCAGCGUGUGUCACCAGAACGUGGACAACGUAGGCUCCUUCUGCAGAGUAUGCAAGACAGCCACCCACAGGAAGUGCGAGGCAAAGGUGACCACAGCAUGUAUCGCAGCUCCCGCCAAUGACCUGCACCGCAGAGGGACCACUCCAUCUCGAAACACCCAACACUUGGGCUCCACCAAGUCUUUGACGUACACCAAGCAGAGGAACACCCUGCCAAGGAGCUUCAGCGUGGACCGCGUGAUGGAGCGAGUGAUGGAGCGCCACUACGACUUCGACCUCACCUACAUCACGGAGAGGAUCAUCUCCGUCUUCUUCCCGCCCAAGCUGGAAGAGCAGCGGUACCGGCUCAACCUGAAGGAGGUGGCCGCCAUGCUCAAGUCCAAGCAUCAGGACAAGUUUUUGCUCCUCAAUCUCUCCGAAAGGCGUCACGACAUGAGUCGACUGAACCCAAAGGUCCACGACUUCGGCUGGCCCGACCUCCACGCCCCGCCGCUGGACAAGAUCUGCGCCAUAUGCAAGUCCAUGGAGACGUGGCUGACCUCCGACCCGCAGCACGUGGUGGUCCUGCACUGCAAGGGCAACAAAGGCAAAACAGGAGUGAUCAUUGCAGCCUACAUGCACUACAGCAAGAUCUCAGCAGGGGCGGACCAGGCUCUCAGUACUCUGGCCAUGAGGAAGUUCUGUGAAGAUAAGGUGGCCUCCUCCCUCCAGCCAUCACAGAACAGGUAUAUCUACUAUUUCGGGGGUCUUCUGUCCGGAGCCAUCAAGAUGAACAGCAGCCCGCUCUUCCUGCACCAAGUUCUCAUUCCAUCCCUCCCCAACUUCCAAGGAGAAGGAGGUUAUUACCCCUUCCUGAAGAUCUACCAGUCCAUGCAGUUGGUCUACACGUCCGGCAUAUAUGACCUUCAAGGAAGCGGGGGAAGGCGACUGUGCGUGACCAUCGAACCAGCGCUGCUCCUUAAAGGUGACAUCAUGGUGAAAUGCUACCACAGGCGAGCCCAGACUGCUGACAGGGACACGGUGUUCAGGCUGCAGUUCCACACCUGCACCAUCCACGGAGCACAGCUCUGGUUCGGCAAAGGAGAACUGGACGGAGCUUGCACGGAUGAGCGUUUUCCAUCUGACGCCACCGUGGAGUUUGUCUUCUCCACCGGACCUGAGAAGAUCAAAGGGCGCGAGUACCACAAAAACGACCCGGCUGUCACGGUGGAUUACAACACGGCGGACCCAGUCGUUCGCUGGGAUUCUUACGAGAACUUCAACCAGAGAUACCAGGACAGUCUUGAGGACAUCGCCCACACCAGAGGUCCUGUAGAUGGAAGUCUCUACGCUCAGAUAAAGAAGCGUCGCGGUCAAAGUUCUGGUUCUCUCUCAUCAACCAACGGCAGCAGCCCCGGAGCGGAGGAUAGACCCGAUCACUUCCUCCCUCAACGUUCCGACUCCGCCCUCUCAGCCCAUUCCAGCCCUUUCAACCAGUCAUUCAUGCACCCGGACCACCACGAAGACCCCAUACGUCCACCGCCUCCGACCAGGCAGGAGCGAGAGGAGCUGGAGCGUCUCCUGGGAGGCAUAGAGGGAAGCAGGGAUGCAGAGCGAGAGACGGCCAUCUUAGAUGACGGCGAUUCCUCGCCUUCAGAACGGAACGAGACGCCCGGGCUGAGUCGGUCCUGUUCCUGCCGGGCAGGAUACCGGUCCCAGCGAUGUGCGGAACCCGGGUGUGACCGCACUCUCCUUAUGCCCAAUGGUUACUGCCUUGAUCGGGCGCCCGGUACCAACGGGCACCACCGGGCGACUCCUUCUCACAGCCCCAACCCGGCUGCCCCGCCCUCACACAUGGACCUGUGCCAGCACUACAGUCCACAUCCGCAGCACUCUCUCCCACCUCCGGAUCUGGUGUGGGAUCGCCAGAGCAACCAGCAACACUUCCUGCACCGCUCCUACUCGGAGGCCCCGUCGUCACGGCACCACUGCCCCUACCCUUCCCUUGACGCCCACAGCCACGCCCAUCACCACCCUCCGUCCGCACCGUCUCGCCUCUGCUACCGAGAGGAUGACUAUGGCACCUACCAUCAUCUUCCUCCGCCUCACAGCCACCACCAUCCGCACGCCAAGUCCACCGCCAACGCGCCCUACCACGACAUAAUGCUAAUGGACGGGCUGCCGCCCCCUGGCUGCCUGUGCAGGGACUGCAGCAUCAGGAGAGAAGAAGCGGCGGCCUAUCACGGCUUGAGGCUCGACCGCGGCGACAGUUUCCACUGGGACCGAGAGGCGGAGCUUCAGCAGAGGGAGGCGGGCCUACGAAGAGGGGGAAGCUCGGAGAUCCACUGGGAGAGACGAGGCCGGGAGUUGUCCCUCCCUUGGGAGCGCGACAGGGAGGCGGAGCUUCAGUGGGAAAGAGAAAGGGAGGCGGACUACUGGCACAGGAGGGACGUCACUCCCUCCUACGGCCCACAGGGUCACAAUCACCCCGCCUUCACCUUUGACCCCUUGCCGUCAUGCCACCCCGCGUAUCCUGAGGCCUCGCGCUCCCACGCUCAUUCCCACCUCGACCUCAAGUACAGCAGCAGCAGCAGUGGCUACCAGACGCCCCGACAGGCGUGUCCAUGUUCACCGUACCAGCCAUCGCCGUCCGAGAGCAGGGGCUACGCCUCGGGCUACCAGUCCGAGUCCACUUCGCCGCUGCCCCCAUCCUCCGCACCGGGGCCCUGCAGCCAUAGCAACGGGUCAGCUGAGCAUAACCACAACCACCACCGUCCACAUCCAGACGUGCCGCAGUCAUACGGCCCUGACUCACACACUGACGGCCUUCGGAACUCCAAUGAAAGUGUUGGCUGGAGAGACCACAUCACCAACGGAUCCUUCAGGAGGGCCCACAGAGAUGGUCAGGGUGCUUGUUCCACCCCGUCCGACAUGUCUGGACCGUCCACGCCCGUCCACUCUAGCAGUCCUCUUCGCACACCGGAAAGUCCCAGUCCAGGGAGAGAACAGGACGUCCGUAAAGCAGUCAUCAGCAGUGACUAUGUGGCCUCCCAACCUCAGAACGGACAUUAUUCCUCUGAAAACAUCAUCCAGCAGUCCUCAGAAAUCCCAUCAGUUAACAGCACUGACUCCUCAUCCUCGCCACAUGCGGCGAAUGGCAAACCGUCGCACUCAGAAUCCCACAACCACAGCACCGCGCCGACCGUCCCGCCCUCAACAACACAACCGCAGCACUGCAGCCAGGUGGCGCCGUCAUCAACACACAACAUUUGUCUGGACUCUGUCGCCUCACAUCCAUCGGACCACCGCCACCAACCUCCCACCCUGGUGACUCCACACCCGUCCGAGGCUGCCGCCGUGCCGUUCUCAGCGUCCCAGGCGGUGUGUCACCCUCCGAGCCAGACUCAAGCCACCAACGCACAGGUCAAUGGAUGUUCUCCACCACCCCCCAAAAGCAGCCCAGAUACCACAAGUGCACCGACAUCUCCACAUCCAGCAGCUUCCGUCCAGGUUGCACCAAGUAGCACGGAGGGCUCCCCUGUCUCUGAUAGCCCAGUUCCUGGUUUUGCCACACUGGGUCGAAAGCUCAUGAUGAGUGGCUCUGAAGUCCACCAUCCCAACCAUGCCCCUCACCACCACCACCACCACCUGGAGCACAAUCCCGCCAUAGACGGCAACAAGAGACACUGCUACUCCUCGGCACAGCUCCAGCCGCCAUCCACCUCCGGCUACUCCACCAUCUCCAUCCCACUUCCUCACCCUCAGCCGCCCCUGCCGGAGAAGAGACACGCACCCGCCCAGCCCGGGUCACCCAGUGAUGGGCCGGAGACCGUGAAGUCAGGCACCGCUCAGCAUCAGCACCACGUCACCUUCUCGCCCACAGUGGGGGAGAUCGCACCCCAAGACAACGACGUUUUCGGGUCGGAGGAGCGUGAGAACGGGAAUAGAGUCAGUGUGAAGUUUGUCCAGGAUAGUUCCAGGUUCUGGUACAAGCCCGGCAUCUCCAGGGAACAAGCAAUCGCUGCUUUGAAGGAAAGAGACCCUGGAACCUUCCUGAUCCGGGAUAGUAAUUCCUUCCAAGGGGCUUAUGGCCUGGCACUGAAGGUGGCCACGCCCCCUCCUAACGUCAACAACCACAGCAGCAAAGUGGGCGACCCUCUGGAACAUUUGGUGAGACACUUCCUCAUUGAAACGGGCCCUCGAGGAGUGAAGAUUAAAGGUUGUCAGAAUGAGCCGUACUUUGGGAGUCUGUCUGCAUUAGUCUACCAGCACUCCAUCACACCCAUCUCUUUGCCCUGUGCACUGAAGAUCCUCGAAAAAGAUCUGAUAGGAGACGUGCAGGAGCUUCAGCCAGUGAGCAACAUCAGCACCGCCGCUGACCUCCUCAAGCAAGGAGCAGCCUGCAACGUCCUCUACCUGAACUCUGUGGAAACGGAGUCUCUGACCGGCCCUCAGGCCAUCGCCAAGGCAACAGAUGCGACACUGGGCCGCAGCCCUCGUCCCGGCGCCACCGUAGUCCAGUUCAAGGUGACGUCGCAGGGCAUCACGCUGACGGACAGCCAGCGCAGGGUCUUCUUCCGCAGACAUUACCCAGUGAUCAGUGUAACCUUCAGCAGCCUCGACCCCAAGGACAGGAGGUGGACUAACACAGACAACACCACUGUUAAAGUUUUUGGUUUCGUGGCCAAGAAGCCGGGCAGCAUGGCGGAGAACGUGUGUCACCUGUUUGCCGAGCUGGACCCCGAACAACCGGCCGCGGCCAUCGUCAACUUCAUCAACAAGGUCAUGUUGUCGCAGCGCCGGUAGAUCAGCUCAUGGGACCGUUUUCAAGACCCAAAAGUAGGAUCGUUACAUCUUUAAACAAUCCACGUCAUCGUCUGCUGGGCCUCUAUCACAAAGCUGCUUCUCUUAUUACGUCGCCAUGGAAACACUGAGCAUGGAGAUGAUAACCUGCUGCUGUAGUGGCAGAUUGAGUUCAAAGGAUCAAGUCAAUAAUACGAGUUUAGUCCUACAAUACUUGGCCACAGGAUAGAGCGUGCACCUCUAAAUCUAUCUUUAAAUUUCACAAAAGCACUUGAAAGCUCAAGAAAAGAAGACUAAUAUACAAAGGAAGGUAUGUUUUGUAGGGGUGUACCGGUACAUGUAUUUGUAUUGAACCGUUUCGGUACGGGGUUCCGGUUCGGUUCGGAGGUGUACCGAACGAGUUUCCACACGGACAUAUUAAGUAGCGUAACGCACGUUGUGUAAACAAUGCACACCGAGGCACAACACACGGCAUGCUAGCAGCUAACGGGCUACGAUAGACUGACCAUACGUCCUCUUUUCACCGGACAUGUCCUCUUUUGCGGAGCUGUCAGGGCGGAGUUUCUUAAAUGCCUCAAAUGUCCGGCAUUUUGAGUUAGGGGUGCGUGUAUUUAAAUGUACGUUCAGGGUUAAGAAGGGGUUAAAAACAAAACAAAUUGUGCGCGCAGCAGCAUUGGUGAGGGAGGGGCAGAGACAGAGAGAGCGAGAGAGAGAGUUAUGAUAAACGCGCAUGCGUCGCCAGGCUCUGCUUUUUAUCCAUAGAUUUAUCACAUUUAAUUUUUUAUUAUCUAUAGCAGGGGUGUCAAAAGUGUGCCCACAGCUAAUGUUUUAAAGGCCCACGGCACAUUCUAAAAAAUACUAUUAAAAUAAACAAAAACAUAACAAAAGUGAAAUAAAAAAAGCUUAAAGGUCAAAUGUAAUUUAGAAAAAGUUUCAAUGUUGACUAAUAAAACAAAGCAGUUUUUUUUUCUUUCAAACUGUCAUUGCUCAAAACAUAAAAUUGAAUCAAAAUCAAUGUUAUUAUGAAUUAUUGACCUAUCCAAGGUUCCCAUUACUUCACAUCAAAUAUUCCACUAAGAAAAAUAUUUUUGGUGCAAGAUUUUGCAAAUUUGGUAAAUAAAUAAUCCAAAAAUGUAUAUUUUGUUGUUUUCUUACUGUACCGAAAAUGAACCGAACCGUGACCUCUAAACCGAGGUACGUACCGAACCGAAAUUUUUGUGUACCGUUACACCCCUAAUGUUUUGUUAUUAGUUUUUACUUAUCGGAAUAUGGUUAACUUCUUUUUACACUUGUCUGACAGUCGGGAAUGUUAUCAAAAGUGACAUACAAUAUGUGAGUUUAAGAUAAGAGUCAAGUAUCGCUUUUAAAUCCUGAUGUUUGUUUUUUUUUACAUUCAAACAAAACAAAUCUGCCUUUUCUGUUUAUAAAAGUGCUUUCUUAAGGACAUUUUGACUAUUUGCAAUUCCACAAUUUCCUGUGGGAAAUAAUAUAAAUGUUAAACUGUAAAAUAUGUGACAACUAUAACAUUUUCAAUUGGAUCAUUUUGCUAAAUUGUCCCACUUUCUCCUCAUCUCUCAUUUUUCUGCACUUUGGAGAGUCCCACAGAUGGAAGUGAAGCAGCUUUGUGGUACCACUUGCCAGGGAUGAUCAUAACCAGCUUGGUUAGUGCAUUUGUAGCAUCACAAACUAUAUUAACGCAUCAUAACCGACAGUAAACGAGACCAAAGACCUGUUAUAUAUCUAGUUGUUCCUUUCUCAGCGCACAUGCAGGAAGUGUGUUUCCACCACAGACUCUACUUAUGUCAAAGCUCUAAUGACAAUCCUGUUUAUCUCCCCACUCACUUCAUGACAACAAACGGAGUCUAGUGAGCGCAUGUUACAUUCUUUUAACAAAGUGUGUGUGCAGGAGGUGCUUUGAAAGUAUUUUAUGGACUUGGAGUGUCGCUCUUAAUUAAAAGGAAUGUAAGUGAAACUGAUGUGAGGGAGAUAAGGCAACAUGAGGAAAGGCGUACAGUGUUAUUGUACAGUUCUUUUAGUGACUUUUUCCACACGCUUGUGUGUGCAAGUCACACGGUGGCCAAAAAAUGUACUUAACCAAAGAUGAAGCACUCUUUUUAUGAAUUAAUACGCUUUUUAUCCAGCUAUAUUUUUGUACUUAAUGCCUCCUUGUAUCUCUGCAAUGCAUUUAUUUUAGUGAGAAAACACACUACGUUUAUUACAGCAAUAAUAUAUUGUGGUCUUUGUAUUUGCCUCUGUGUUGAUCUCUAUAUUAUGUAGUAAUAUAUUUCCACAAGCAGCUAUAGGACCAUGUAUGAGACAUACAGUAAAAAGUUCAAAACUGAUAUUCUGCUAUUUUGUAUGCAAAAAAAUAAGGAAGAAUAGAAUAAAGUGAUAAUGAUGUGGUACCUUA